AAGCUAGCUGUUUAAUUUAAGCUCAAUUAUUUUAAUUUGUUUCAUUUGAAGCUGUAAACUGAUGGCGUGCAUUAAGCUUAGUGGGGAAUGCACUAUUGCGUGUACUAUGGUGUCAGGUUUGAAAUGGGCUCAUAUCGUUGCAGAAUACGCAUUGUUCGUGCUCAUAAAUUACUUAACUAACACUUGGGGGCUAGGCUUUGCACACGCUGCCGGAAUUAUAAAUCUUUUCUUUGGCAUCUCUAAAGUUUUAGAGAUAUGUUUUGCUUUCAUGGCGGAUGCUUAUCUUGGUAUCUUUAAAAUGCUUUUGCUCUCCACUCUAGUCUACAGCAUUGGUUUGGCAUUUCUAACAAUGUCGACGCCACCGGUGCUCUCCAACUUUGCCGGAAACUGCAACAGAUAUGAGGCGGAGUGCGUUGGUCCCAUACAAAAGGCAUUCUUCUUCACAUCAUUGGUGUUAAUGGGCGUAGGCAUGGCGGGUAAGGCGGUUUCUCUGGAUGCAUACCUACGCCACUACCAAACCCCUCGUGAUGAUAAUUCAAACGAUCUUAAUAACCAACAAGUUUAUGAUGAAGAAGAAGAUGGUUUUUGGAGUGUAAACAAUUUACUGGUAAUAGGUAUCUCCGUCGUUGCUGCUCUAGCACUUUCGAAUAUAAAGCCUUGGGAUAUUAAGUUUGCCAUUCCGGCCAUAUUUUCCUUCACCGCAACACUGGUAUUCUUCGCCGGAAAGGCGCUUGGGUUUUACAGUAACUACGGUGAUAAGCCAGAAGGGAGUGCCCUUACUACAGUUCUGAGAGUCUUAGUUGCCGCCACGUACAAAAGUUGUCAUGAACUCCCUGUCAACUCUGAUGAACUUUACCAAGGAAACCACAACUCUGCUAACCAAUUGCCCCAUACUCAUGGUUGUGGGUGCUUUGACAAGGCAGCCAUCGUAUCAUCGCCGACAAAGAGAGUGGAUAAGGAGGAGGAGAAGAAAUGGAAAGUGUGCAGUGUGACAGAAGUAGAAGAAACCAAACUAACUGUUCAGACUGUUGGAAAUAUUUCGGGUAAGAGGAGAAAAUAGGAGAGGAAAUGAGAUCUUCAGGCGUGAUAUCACUUUCCUAUAAGCUUUUAAUCUUUCCUCUAUGAAAGCAACGAGGUAUCAAGAUUAAAUCUUAUGGGAUACAAGAAGAUGAAAACAAAGUUCUUAGGUUGCUUUGAUAAGAACUUACUGGAGAGUUAUUGUACUGUGAUAUAUCAAGAUAUCAUGCAAAAUAAAUUGCGUAUUUG